AUGCCGAGCUCCCGCGCAGAAGACGUCCAUGGCGGCGAUGGUGGCGGCGCGAUCGUCCAGGGGGAAACCCUCCUCGUGCUGCAAAUACCGGGCGUCCUCCACCGUGUCGACCCGGUGGCGCCGCCGCUGUGCCUGGCGCUGCGCAUCUACCUCGCCUUCGCCGCCGCCAAGUGCGUCAAGACGCUCCACUACGGCCACGAGAUCGUCCCCCGCGAUCCCCGCUCCACAAACUUGUGUAUCGAGCGCGACUGGAUCGUCCCCACUUCCCCGGUCGAACGGGUCUCUGGCAGUACGUCGUCUCUUUUUUAUCACGGCUGGUGGAAGUCUUCAGCUUGGAUUUGCCACACAGUUUCAAAGCUUCCACCCGAAAUCGUCCAGUUCCACAGAGCCACCGGAUUUAGAUCUUGUAGUGCCUUAUGUGGAGUCAGCUCUUCGGCUCGCAUAUGGAGUGCAACUGGUUCAUGCCCAUUGGCUGGAGAAUUUCUGUCGGUUGCAAUGGUGGGAGUGGGCCUUUUGCCUUCGGCAAAAGGAGCACCUGAAGGGACACUUGUGCAAGUUCCCAGUGUUGUCUUCCAAGGCUCUUUUCUCUUGGGACUGGUCGCCAGGGCCGCUCUAGGAUACGAUGCAUCCGCUGGUAAUAGCUGGCUGGUGUGGACUAACGACGACGGCUUUCAACUUGCUUCCAGUGGGAUGUAUCGACGGAGGAAGAUCCAGGCCGCAUUCGGGAGUAAGGUGUUGAAUAUCACUGGCUUGAUCACUUAUGUGCUACUCGGACUGGGAGUGUUGGGAGGUCCGCUGUCUUUGCCGUGGGGUUUGUACAUUAUCAUCGUCCAGAGAUCGUCCGAGAAGGCCUGCCUCAACGACGUUACUGGUGUUGGCACUUGGAGGCAAAUCGUCUAUGCUGUGGCGCUAGUGUUGGUCGUUUUGACGCUCUUGCCUUUGUGGGAUGGCUUGGCCACCCAGCUUGGCAUUGGCAUUGGAACCCCGGACUCGCUCGAUUUAUUUAUGUGAAAGCUUCCAGGAGAAACGAUGGUCUUUCCAUUUCGCAGCAAGAAACAAUUUUGCACGCAUUCGUCAACAGAGAACUUGUCUGACGAGAUUGUGGUACAAGAUAAUGAUGUACUUGCAAGUUUGGAUCUGCUGAUUUUGAACUCUUUUAAUCAAGACAAUUGCACAUAGGUGCCAUUUCUAUUGUCA